AUGUUGCGGGCCAAAAAUGAGCGAAAGCGUGCUCGAGUGAUGAAUCUACUUGCCGGGAAGGAAGAUGACGAAUCCCUCCCACCGGCCAAGACCACUGGCCGCGGGGACGCUGCGAUGAAGCUCGCCCGCCAAGACUGCCUAAUGAUGUCCCUCAAGAGACCACCACUCCAGACGCCGCGUGUCAUUACUAUCCAGAUCUCACUGAUUGGCUUGGCUUUGAGAGAAACUGCGAUGAUCUGCACAUCAGGGCUCAAUAUUAAUCCGGUAUCAUUAAGCACGAUUAUGAUUCGCGAUAAUUUGGUGGCUGUGGCUCGUGGCCCCGGCGCAGGCGUUUUGAGUACCUACGGAGCAAUACCCGUAGCCUUGGCAAAGCGAAGACUGCUUGCAGCCCUAGAUCCAGCCUGGUCGCUGAGAACUGAGAGGAGACAUGUGUUAGGCGAAUAUGCCGAACAGAAGAUUGCAGUGCUGAUCGCCCGCCUAGCCAAGACCUGCGCAAUUAAGCUCCGCCUUGGAACAGACGUGGACAUGAUACUAGCGAAUCUCUCUAAUGAUGUAAAUUCUACAAGCCGCAUACUCAUGGAAGCAGAACAAGAAGACGAGAAUAGAUUACCCCCACGGGUCUCUCUGACAUUGGUGGAAUCAUUAAAGCCACAGGAAGCAGUGGCAGCAGCUGCCCCAUGUGAAAGCUGGAGUCCCUUUGGCCUGUAUUACUUUGCUGUUCGACUGCCCCAUACUAGAAGGGGGGCAGGCCCCGACUCUCAACCCAUCACCGAAGAUGGAACGAAGGGUGCGAAAGCGCCGAAGGGGACAAGGCUGCAUCAAGUCAGUUUGAAGGAUUCCUGCGUCUUCGCGCUCAUGCAGGAGACAGCAAAUAGGCGCGGCGCAUUUCCCAUGGGCGGCUAUUUGGCUUUCAUGGCUGAAGGGCUCUCGUGA